GCCACCAACAAACACACACAAACAGAGACACCUGUACACACACACACAGCCAUGUACAUGUACAUACACACACAGAAACAUGUACACACACGCACAGAGACACAUGUAUACACACACACACAUACAGACACAUGUAUACACACACAGGCACGUACAGACACAUGUACAUACACAGAAAUACACACGCACAGACACAUGUACAUACACACAGACACAUGUACACACAGACACAUGUACGUACAUACACACAAACAUGUACAUACACACACAGACACAUGUACACACACACAGACACAUGUACAGAUACACACAUGUACAUACACACAGACACAUACACAUGCAUACACAGACACACACACACACCACCCCUAUAAAAAGUUGCAGUACUUUGUUGUUCACUCAAAGAGGCAGGUACUGCACUCCAGGGGGAGGCAGAGAGCACAGCACACACUCCUUCCUUUGCUUUCACUGCGCUCAGCUAUUGAGCAGUCUGAUGGCUCCCAGUGCCAAUGACAGAUCCGGCCAGAGCUCCGAGCAUGCUCAGCAAGACGGCCCUGGGGGACACACUCGCCCCCACUAUAAUUUCCACUUGCCAUUGGUGAGCAGGCAAGUGGAAGUUUCA